AUGGCAGUUCAGACCCAGUCGCGACGGCGUUUUCAUUUCGUCCUCGUAGAGCGCAUGAAGCCGGAGACGACUGAUCGUCGCGAAUUCGAGCUGGUCGAUGCGGGUGCUCGAAGUCAUGCCGCGCGUAUAGCGCACGAGGCAAGAAGAAAGUCGGCGCUGACGAAAAAGGCGAUCCAUGCAAUGAAGCAAGAACCUGACGAGGCAGAGCCCGCAUGGGCAUACUCACCUUCCUCGACGGCGACGCAGAUGAGCAACAGCUUCCUCGAUCCUUUCGUACAGCUGCCAAUGGACUUGACACUGGAGGAGAGGAAUCUGCUGCAUGACUAUCUGACCGUUGUACCAGAGGUUCUAUACCGAACAGGCCCCAAGUCGGCUUUCUGCCCUGUGCGAGACACGACGCUGGUAUCCAUAGCCACCAACGAGAUAUGGUUGAGCUGGGCAAUUCUCCUGAUGCAGCACCGAAGGACCGUCCUCCGCGGACAUAGUCCGGAAGAUGACCCACCGCUGCUUCAUCGCCGCCGACUGACAUACCAAUUGAUGCAUCAAAAGCUCACCGCUCCAGAGGACGAGACGCUCUCCGACGAGAUUCUUCUUGGUCUAGUUGCCUCGGGAGUCGCUGAACACCGUGUGAGUGGUGCAAAGAUUGCCAACAAGCACCUCGAGGCCGGGCUCGCGCUCUUUGAAGUGCGGCGGAAGAAAAGCAUACACCCGCAGCUGACAUAUCCUAUAGGCUUGGUCUGCUGUAAUGCGUAUAUCGGACUCGGCGUCGACAGCUUCUUCAAGCAUUACGUGACUCUCGUCACAACUUCGUCGGCUAUUGCCCAGCGACUGAGGUCGAUACAGGGCUGGAACUUUGCAAUCCGGCAAUGUGUCGCGGACGCCGUGCAUCGACCAACGGUGGAAGGUGGUAAAUCCGUUCUUGGUCAUCCAAGCGAGGCAUACCUCCGAUCAAGGGCAGGGUCGGUUGAAUCAGAGCGGUCGAUUGUCCGAGGACAUGUACGGAAGCUGCUGGCUGAGACAACGGAAUUCGGGACCCGGACUUGCUUAGGAGCAUUGUUCGCGGUGAACACGGUGUUUUGCGCCUGUCGCCAUGAUGAAUCCGUGGCGAUCGACUUCGUCAAGGACCUGCUGUACUACCUCGCCAUGAGCGAACCUGGUCCCGUGCGAGAUGGCGUACCGCAGUUGACGCCCAUGGCAGCGAUGUAUAUCAUCGGAUACUGCGGGUCUCGAAUACAGGAGGAACACGGAGCAAGUCGUCGCCGAUUCGAUCUGUGGGAUGUCAUCAAGUUUGUGGAACUGAUGAUGCUCGCGCCGGAAUCGACGCGUGCGAAGAUGAGGCAAGCUCUGGCUUCAUGGAUAUUGGCAGACAUGGCAAAGCCGGAGGAUCUGAUAGUGUUCCGAGAGGACGAAAGAGCACUUAUGAUCCGCGAGAUCGAAUUGGAAUGGUCACGGAAGCAGGCCCGACUGGCGAGGGAAGCUGGGUAG